AUGAUUUAUUCGGAAAGGAUUGUGGCAUUUGAUUUGUGUUCAGAGACAUUCAGUGAGAUACCUCUUCCAGAUUCUAUACUACAUGAUGGCCGUCACCGUGGAAAUGUUUUAGGAGUUUUGUCCGAGAAGCUUUGUGUGAGGUCAUUUUCCAGGUUUGAUACAUUUGAGGUGUGGGUGAUGGAUGAGUAUGUGCUGGCUGAGUCAUGGGUGAAAAGCGAUGUCUUUUCACAGUUUAUUGGUGAUAUAUAUCCAUAUGGAUUCACAUCACACAGUGAGUUACUUAUUGAUUUUAACGCUUGUCUAGACUUUUAUGAUCCAUUUAUAAACGAGCAGAAAAUCUUGGAGGAUCAUUGUCUUGAAAGAGAUUAUGUAGAUAAAAUUAUGGAGUAUGUGGACAGUCUUGUUUGGGUAGCACCUGCUGAGCAUGAGAUGGUGAAUGGUGGAGGACAAAAUUGA